CAGGCUUUGGUUUCGCUUCUGAUUAAAAUGAGGGGGCGUGAACCCUCGCUUUUGGAUUAUCCACGCUCCUUUACGCGCGUGUUGCGCACUGCUCCACUGAGCCACAGAAGCAAGUUUCUUACUCCAGCAGCGCAGACUAGUUCCAUCCUUCUGAGAACCAAUGGCAAAGUGUAAGCCAUGGCAGAAGUGCUGCUGCAUUUUCCUCGUCCUGAUCUGCGCUGCUGCUCUAGUUUGUCUGUGCAUCGCCACAAUUGUAGGUGCUGGAUGCAGCGGCGGCUUCAAGCACGCGGCGGUGGCUGCAGACUCCCAGCGUUGUUCCGACAUUGGCAAGGAAAUGCUUCUGCUGGGCGGCUCAGCAGUAGAUGGCGCCAUUGCAGCUCUCCUGUGCACCUCUGUGGUCAAUCCUCAGAGCAUGGGGAUUGGAGGUGGCUCCAUAUUAUCCAUCAGAAGCAAAACAGGGAACGUGACUGUCUAUAACUUCCGUGAGACUGUCCCCAAGUCCUUCAAGAGCGAUUUGUUAAGUGAUUGUCCCAAAGAGAAGAAACUCACCACAGGCAGCCAGUGGAUCGGUGUUCCUGGAGAGCUGCGGGGCUACGAGGCUGUUCAUAAGAAGUACGGGAAGCUGCCUUGGGCCAAGCUUUUUGAGCCGACCAUCAAACUGGCCAGGGAGGGCAUCCCCAUGCCGCCAUUUCUGUCAAGCCUGCUGAACCACCCUUUCGUGAAAGCGCAUGUGGAGAAUUCACCUUUGUGUGAAGUUCUCUGCAACAAGAACAAAGUCGUUUUGGGCAAAGGGGAAAUCCUCAAGUUUCCUAAACUGGCAGAAACUAUGGAAACCAUCGCUCAGCGAGGGGCUGAAGCGUUCUAUAACGGCAGCAUAGGACAAGACUUAAUCCUGGACAUCAAAAACGCAGGUGGGACGCUGUCAAUGGAGGAUCUGAGGUCCUUCAAAGUGCAGGAACAAGAGGCAUGGACGGUUCGUCUGGGAGAUAUUCAGAUGCACGUUCCCCCUCCUCCUUCAGGAGGGCCUCUGCUUGCCUUCAUCCUCAAGAUCAUGAAAGAUUACUUCCUGACUUCAAACACCUCAGACCCUAACGGGAAGAUUCAGAUGUAUCAUCAUUACAUCGAGGCAGUUAAAUUUGCUAACGGACAAAAAAAGAUCAUUCGUGAUCCUAACUUCAAUGACCAAAAGCGUGCAAAGCACCUGAUUGAUCCGUCCUUCAUCAAUCGCAUCAGAAAAAUGAUUUCUCCAAACUACACACAUGAAAACACGUACUACAACAACGUGGAGCCCGCCCCUGACAACUUUGGGACGACACACGUGUCUGUCCUGGAUCAAAAUGGACUUGCCGUCUCUGCCACGAGCACCAUAAACCAUCUAUUUGGAGGAGCCGUUUACUCUCCACGAACAGGAAUCAUCUUGAACAACGAGCUUGCUGACUUUUGCAACAGGGUGACGACGUUGCAAGCAGGUGAACGGCCUCCAUCUUCUAUGGCUCCAACAAUACUAGAGUCUAAGUCUGGAAGGGUUUUUGUGAUUGGUGGAUCAGGAGGAAGCAUGAUUACAUCAGCAAUGGCCUUGUCCAUAAUAAAUCAUUUGUGGUUGGGGAUGAGUUUACAAGAUGCCAUCGCUGCACCUAUUGUCUUUGUCGAUUCAGAAAACACAGUGAACUUCGAAAAAGGUUUUGAAAAGGAUGUCACAGAUGGCCUCAGAGCUUUCGGACACAAAGUGGGGGACUGGCCAUUGUUUUUCAAUGUGGUCAACGCUGUGGAAAAGGAGAGCGGCUGCAUCAGCGCGGUGUCAGACAGACGGAAGUUGGGGAAAUCCGCUGGAUACUGAUCAUUACGAUGGCGAUCCACCAUUGAAGACUCUACCGAGCCUUUGGCCUUAAACGAUGUGCUGCAGAUUUUCGUGAAUGGAUCAUGCUGUUGACAUGUGGCCUAACGUCUGUGUCGUGAGAUUAGAUUACGUAUCUUCUUCCUCCCCUCUGCAUGAUGCAUACGAGAUAAAGGUGCACUUCUUGAUUAUCUCGCCAAACCUUAGGUAUACUGCUGCUUACACUGACAUCAGAUAUACAUUUACAGAGAUAGGAACCAUGACACCUGAGGAAACAAAUGUAGGGUGAGUUCAAGAAACGUGUGAUUGGACCCAAAUGAAACAAUCUAAAGCUUCAGCUUCACUUUUUCGUAUUUUUAUAAACAUACAAAGAAAGAGUGUUUUGCUCUGCUGAUCUAUGUCAGUGUGAAGAAAUGUGCUAAUCUAAAAACAACAUCUAGCAGACCUAAUUCUUUAGUCAAGUGCCAUUAAAGCAUCAUAUUUGAAGAUGCUUAUUACAUAAUGUGCUCUUAAAACUUCCAAUCAGCAGCUCCAAGAAUUGCAAAUUAAGUUUUAUUAGAUAGUCCUCCUUUUCUGUUUCUUUUUUUUUUUGCUUUUGGGUUGUUUUCAUAUAAAAGUGGUAGACUACCACAUUCGUUUAGGUUCAGAGAACUUGGACUUGUAUAAAGCUUCAGGAGCCAAAUGAUUCGCUUUGAAAGUAUGAAUCUGCAGGUGCCUUAAGUCUUUAUUUGAGAGCUAAAAAGGAGAAAACUGAUUGAUUUUGACUAAAGUUGCUGCUCUUUGUCUGUAAAGAUUUUUUUGGAUCACCCAGGAUGCCACUCUUAUGCACUCCGUCCUCCCGAUCGAUAUUUUCAGUCUAUCUUCCAACUCCAGCAGCGAAUGUUUUGUAUUUUGACUGAACUCAGUGUCUUAGUCUGUCUGGAUGGAAGUAGCAUCCUAAGUGGCUGCUUAAAUAGUGAAAUUACAGUAACUGUGACUUUAAUUCUGAAGAAUUUAACUCUGUUUUUGGUUUAAUUCCACAAUCUUCUGGAUGUGAGCAGACCAAACAGGCGGAAAAAAAUGUUGCAUUUGCAAGACUCGCUUGUUUUUGAGGGGUUUGUGUGGGGAAGUGGAGGUGCUGUCUGAAAGGAAAAUUAGAUAGGAAGAAAAAUAAGCUUCGAUCAAAAAGAAUUAAGCCAUCUUUUAGCCAGCUCCACAAAAUAAAUGUUUUUGCCUGUUUUGGUGAUUCAACAUUUCUUCAGAUUUGCACUGUGGAUUCUUAGUUUUUACUCCUAAAUGUGCAGAAUUUACACCGCUUUUUCCUUCGAUCUGACUUCCAAUCUUACUCUUAGUGGAUGAUCUGCUGUUGUUGAACCUCACGGGGUUUGCAUGCCACUGUGAAGCAGAGAGUGAUCGUUCGGUCUGUUCCAGAGUUUAAGGGAGGUUUCUCAUCAUGCAAAUGUAGCAGUCUCUGGGAGCAAAAACUGUGAUUUGGACCAAUCAGAGCCAGUGCUAAGGCACUCUUACAUUUACGUUUUUUUGUUUUAAUCAAUUAUGUAAAAUGUGCUUUUUUUCACUAAACAUGUAUUUUAUAGUUAUUUUUAAGAUCUUUUUUAAAUGAUUGUUCUUGUUAACGGUCUAUUUGCGCUGUUACAAUAAAACCUUAAAUACAACAAACAUGUUAAA